AUGAAAGCAGUGAAAGUGAGUCAGUUUGGUGCUCCGGAUGUGUUGAAAUUGCAGGAUUCCACUGAAAUUCCUGUGCCCGGAUCGAACCAGGUACAGUCGCACGCGUACAAUUUGUUGAGCUUAGAUAACGAGACAAAUUUGCAGGUUUUGAUAGAGCUGAAAGCUGCUGGAGUGAACCCUGUAGAUACUUACAUCAGAUCCGGUACUUACGCUUCGAAACCCAAGUUACCGUACAUUCCUGGGAAAGAUGGGGCUGGUGUUGUGGCGAAAGUUGGGCGAGAGGUUUCCGAUUUUCAGGUCGGUCAGCGGGUUUUCUGCAUGACUCAGAAAAUGGGAACCUAUGCGGAAUUCGUGCUUGCGGAUGCACAUGAAGUUUUCUCGCUACCCGAUUCCGUUUCUUUUUCCCAAGGGGCGUCUGUUGGGAUCCCAUACUUCACUGCUUAUCGUGCGUUAGUGCUCAAAGCGCAGGUCCGUUCUGGGGAUACGGUCUUGAUACAUGGUGCGAGUGGAGCUGUGGGAAUAGCUGCUAUUCAACUUGCCAAACAUUUGGGAUGUGUCGUGUUUGGAACGGCCGGUUCAGAGGAAGGCAUGCAGCUGGUUUUGAGCCAGGGUGCGAAGCACGUGUUCAACCAUAGGGGUGACCAACACAUGGCAGAUAUCAUGAAAGCUACUGGGAGUGGUGGAGUCAAUGUGAUCAUUGAGAUGCUCGCGGACGCUAAUUUGCAUUCUGAUCUGGAAUGCAUCGCGAAGAACGGAAGAAUCGUGGCAAGUUUUAUUUUCAGUACAGUUGUUGGUUGUCGAGGCGAAGCAAACGUGAAUCCCAGGCUCCUCAUGGCCAAAGAGGCCAGCGUUGUCGGUGUGAUGUUGGGAGCAUCCACUGAGGAAGAAACAAUCGAGACGGGCAGAAUCCUGGUGGACGGGCUGCGUGAAGGCUGGCUGGUGCCCGUCGUGGACAAGGAAUAUCGUAUUGAGAACGUGGCUGAGGCGCAUGAGGAAGUGUUGGAGCACAAGAGCGGAGCAUUGGGCAAAAUCGUCCUCGUCAUCGGGGUACUGCUCGACUUCUUUGGAGCUCAUGGCUCGUGCCGUAUUUGA